GGCAGUGUAAUGAGCAUCUACAGUAGUGAGUUUGGUAAUGUGGAGGUCAAAGGCACAAUCCAGUUCGCCAUUCACUACUUGCAAAAACUGGGAGAGUUCCACGUCUUUGUUGUGCAAUGCAAGGACCUCGCUGUGGCGGAUGUUAAGAGGAACCGAUCUGAUCCAUAUGUUAAAUGUUACUUGUUACCUGACAAAGCAAAAUAUGGAAAGAAAAAAACAUGCGUGAGGAAGAAGACUCUGGAUCCAACUUUCAAUGAAAUACUACGGUUUAAGAUUCCAGUGGAGACGUUGAAAACCCAGAAGCUGAACACCUCUGUGUGGCACAACGAGACAUUUGGGCAUAACAUGUUCCUUGGAGAGGUUGAGCUCGAUUUGGCCGAAUGGGAUUUCAGUAACACUCAGAUGAAUGAAUAUUUACUUAAAGGAAGGGGCCAGGUUCCCACCAGCCCAAAACAUUCUGUCGGCAGCGCAGAAAUGAGUGCAGAGAUUAAAGUCGCUCUGCGUUUUGUCCCACAGACUUCUCACAGUCACAAGAACAAGGGGAAUGGUGAGGUGCAAAUAUGGGUGAAAGAAUGCAAGAAUCUGCCUAUUACCAGAGGUGUUGCCAUUGACCCCUUUGUCAAAUGCACAGUCCUCCCAGAUACCAGCCGGAAAAGCCGUCAGAAGACCAGAGUGUUGAAGAGGGCAUCUAACCCAGUGUUUAAUCACACCAUGGUGUAUGAUGGUUUCAGGCAAGAGGACCUCAAAGAGGCCUGCGUGGAGCUUACUAUGUGGGAUCACGACAGACUCAACAACCACUUCAUUGGAGGCAUUAGGCUGGGUCCAGGAACAGGUAAAAGUUAUGGCAGUGAAGUGAACUGGAUGGACUCUAAUGUUGCUGAAGCAGCCCUGUGGGAGAGAAUGACGCAAUCUCCGAAUGAAUGGGUGGAAGAUAUUUUACCUUUGAGAAUGAUGGUCAUGGCAAGAAUUUCUAGAUAGUAAGAAACUGAGGCAUAUGGUGACACUUUUGAACAAAUUCAUGAAAAAUGAUUGUGAACAUGAUGAAUGCAGUAGGAACACAAUAUGUAAUGGUAAAUAUAUAGUUAAAUUGACGGUUUCUUGACAUUUUUGUUGAGGAAGACAAAGAUAAUGAAAAAUAUAAUAUGCGUGUUAUUGUAAAGUAUGUGGAUUUAAUGUCUUAAAAUAAAAAUGCCUUAAAAUCUUUCAA